AUAGAAUCCCCCGUUGCUAUGGCUCCCGGAUUGCGUCCACACGCAGAGCCGCUGCUGUGAGGGCUGAAGGGAAUCCUGCCGGUCGCUGGAUUUCCCUGACCAGUGAUCCAGAAAAGCGCCAUGGGCCUGAUCACAGAAGAUCUUAUUAGACGCAAUGCUGAACACAACGACUGUGUCAUUUUUUCCCUGGAGGAACUUUCCUUGCAUCAGCAGGAAAUAGAAAAGCUAGAACAUAUUGACAAAUGGUGCCGGGAUUUAAAAAUUCUCUAUCUUCAAAAUAACCUCAUUGGAAAAAUUGAAAAUGUUGGCAAACUCAAGAAACUUGAAUACUUGAACUUAGCAUUAAACAACAUUGAAAGAAUUGAAAAUUUGGAAGGAUGUGAGUGGCUGACCAAACUUGACCUGACUGUAAAUUUCAUUGGUGAGCUGAGCAGUGUUAAAACCCUGAAGCACAACAUCCAUCUAAAGGAGCUCUUCCUCAUGGGUAACCCGUGUGCUGACUUUGAUGGCUACAGGCAGUAUGUGGUGGUGACCUUACAACAGCUAAAGUGGUUGGAUGGCAAAGAAAUAGAGCGUUCUGAAAGGAUCCUGGCAUUGCAGAACUACCCAGCAGUUGAACAGCAAAUCAGAGAGCAGGAGAAAGCUUACUGCCUUAGGCGAGCCAAAGAGAAAGAGGAGGCUCAGAGGAAACUGGACGAAGACCAUGAAGACAAGAAAAAAAGCUGCCCAGGCUUUGACAGGCGUUGGUACACAGACACUCAAGCUGUUUGCCCAUCUUCUGUAGAGAACAAAGACCAUCUCCAGGUACCAGACACACAGGAAGAGGGACACAGUACAAAGAAAUCAGAUGAAAGUGAAGAUGACUUGGCAUUCUGGAACAAACCCUCUUUGUUCACUCCUGAAUCUAGAUUGGAAACUCUUCGACACAUGGAGAAACAACGUAAAUCCCAAGAUAAGUUAAGUGGAGAUAAGAAGAAAGUGAAACCACCCCGGACUUUGGUCACUGAAGAUGGGAAGGUCCUGAAUGUCAAUGAAGCCAAACUUGAUUUCUCUUUGAAAGAUGAUGAGAAACACAACCAGAUCAUCCUGGACCUGGCUGUCUACAGGUACAUGGAUACCUCAUUAAUUGAGGUUGAUGUGCAGCCAACUUACGUUCGAGUAAUGGUCAAAGGAAAGCCAUUUCAGCUUGCCCUUUCUGCAGAGGUCCAGCCUGACAGAAGCUCUGCUAGAAGAUCCCAGACAACAGGGCAUUUGCUGAUCUGCAUGCCCAAGGUAGAAGAAGUUAUCACAGGAGGUCAGCGAACACCCAUGUCUGUGAAAAGCACCAAGGACAGCAGCAGAGAGCAAGCAAACCACAGAAGGAAGCAGAUAGAAAGAUUAGAAGUUGAUCCCAGCAAGCAUUCCUGCCCUGAUGUGACUACUAUAGUACAAGAGAAAAAACACAAACCUAAAAGAAUGGAAUCUCAACCCCAAAUGGUACCCAGUGAGGAAGAUUCCUACUUUGAUGAUAACCCAGAAGUGCCUCCACUAAUUUGAAACAGGAGGGUGUGUAGUCAUUGACCAUGGCCUGGUCAACCCAUGUUGCUUGGUGUCAACAAUGGAUUUGUGUCAUUCGUGGGGUAAACAUAGUUCAUUAUUGUUUUAUCUGAUGUUGUAACUCCUACUUUGCAUAGUGAUAUUCUUAAGUGAGUUUAAAAUUAAAUUGCAUACCUUAAAUAUGCUAAAACUUAUCACUCAUCCAUAAUUAAGGUUAGCUACUGAAAAUAUGCAGUAAUGGAAUAGAACUAUGACAUUCAACAUUAAGAAUAAAUCAUUUAGUGCUUACUAAUGCAGUAGAUUGUGUCAUAUGGAAAAGGACUUGAGAAAAUUGGUCAAACUUGGAUGUUAAAACUGUAAUCUCAGGUCCAGCUGGAAUGCUUUAACAUGAUUUUAAAGUGUUUCCAUUUUUCCUCUUAUGUGUCUGCUUUCUCUAGUGGCAUGAUGUAAUGGCAAGAAUAUGAAUUUUGACAUUAGACACUCUAUAUUUGGAUUCCUGCUGAGUCACUGCCUGAAGACUUUCAGCUGAUCCCCACAUUCCUCAGGGCAGAGUGACUUCAUCUUUCCUGGGCAAGGAGUAAAGCUUUCUCCAUAGGUUGAUCUCAAGGCCAGCUGUGUAAACUCACCCUGCACAGAGCCACUACAGUAUUUCCUUGCUUGCUCAUGUCCUUCUCUCCUUCCUUCAUCUUAUUCCCCAAACUACUCUUCCCACUCUAAUGCCUUCUUCGCUUAUUCCAUAUUCAUGCUAGGAAAGAUGACCAUGAUACCCUCUGAUCUUAAUAUAACAGCAUCCAGACAAGGCUUCCUUGAAUGCUUAUUCAGUGAAUGCUCACUAAGAAAUUCUCAAGGUCAUGAGGAACUCUACAAUGCAGUGGUUUGGAUGUGGUUAAAAUAUGUUUCCUUAGAGGUUCAUGUACUAAGAACUUGGUCCUUUGGGGUGGGGAUAUAGGAAAACAGUAGAACUUUAGUGAAAUGGAGCUGUGUAGGAGGUCUUUAGGUCAGUAGGAGCACUGCCUUUGGAAGGGAAUUCUAGAGACGCUUCCUCUGCAUCACUCCAUGAAGGAGAAGAGUGAGGGUAACCAAGGAAAGAUCUCUGUGUAUGACAGUGAAAGGGAGAGCAUCGGGAUUAAUGAAAGAGGCACCAGAGAUCUGAGUGGCCUUCAAGAGGCUACUGUCAUCAUUCUUUCUCUCAUCCCUGUGACUAAAUACUUGACACACAGCCAACUUGAGGGUCAGAGUUGGAGGAGAUGCAGCCCAUCAUAGUGAGGAAGAUAUGGCAGGAAGUGGCUCUCUCUUGGCAGGACAGUGGUAAUUGCCUUCCCAGCUCUCCCUGGAAUGGGAAGCAAAGAAAGGGUAACAUUGAAGCUCAGUUGGGGGUUUCCUUCUCCCUUGUUUAUUUACUUUAGGAUCCCAGCCUAUGGAUAGUGCCACCCACAUUCAGGGCAGCUCUUCCUCUCUCAGGAAGUCUCCUGUGGGACAUCAGCAUAGACAUACCUAAGGGUGUGCCUCAUUAAUGCA